UCUAGUGCAAUAUUAGUUAUAGCCAUUAUAUUUCAUAAGAAGAAAGUGUUGUUUAAAUUGUAAUUUUAAGUGUAAGUUAUUAAAAAUGUUUGAUUCAGAAAUAAAAAUUUUAGGUGGAGCAUCUAUCUUAGUAUGUAGUUCUUAUUUUAUAGGGAUAUUCGAGUUGCAUUGGUCGUAUGUAGCAGCUUGUUGCGGAGCUAUGAUCGCACUCAUUACGCUGAAAUACCCGCAAGUUAGUAAAGAUAUCAGAAAAGAAAUUGAAGAAAGACAUGAGAUGAAUCCUCUGGAGAAAGACAAUGAAAGAGUUGAAUGGAUAAAUAACAUAAUAAGAAGGGGAUGGUAUACUUAUCGAAAAGUUAUUGCUACUCAAGUUGUGGAAAGUUUACAACAAACAAUUGCACUGUACAAACCUGGGUUUAUAACAGCGAUUAAGUUUCCAACUUUUGAUUUAGGCGAAAGCAGUCCUUUAUUAUUAUUUAUGAAGGGUUAUAAAGACAGUGGGGACAACCGUGCUCUCUUAGAUAUUAACGUUAUUUUUAAUAAUCCAAGCACUAAAAUUGUAGUAGAAGCCCAUAUAGGUCCUCUUCGAUUCCCUUUAGAAAUACGAAAUUUGGUUUUCGAAGGCUAUGUUAGGCUAGAAGUUGUUUUUCAGAGUAGUUAUCCUUUCUUAAAUAGCGUAGGAUUUGCCUUUCUUAGCUUGCCCUACUUUGAUUUCUCUGUCAUCCCGUGUCAUUUGCUUGACAUACUGGAAGUGCCGUUUUUACACUCGGCUAUUGCGACUUUAGCUAACGGGGUAAUUGAGGAAAUGCUUCUCGAUCCUCAUCUCUAUAGAGUUAACGUCGACGAACUGAUGAAUAUAAGCAAGAGCGCUGGGUUGUGUCAAGGCGUUUUAAUUUGUAAGAUUAAAAAAGGCGAAGGCUUUCCCAAAGUGGACUUGUUUGGAGCUUGUGACCCUUAUAUAAAGCUCAAAUUUCAAGGACAAAAGUACAAGACGCGAGUGCUUGAAAAAACUCUUCAUCCUGUUUGGAACCAAACAUUUUAUCUUUUGCUAAAAGAUCCAAAAACAGAAAAACUAGAAUUUACUGUUUACGACUACAAUAUUACGCAGGACCAACUUUUAAGUAAAUGGUCGCAGGACUUGUCCAUGUUUAGCAGCAUAACGGAGGAUGGCGAGACUGAAUCAGUGCACGAACACAGCCAAGAGGACGACGCAGCUGAGAAAGAAGAGAGCGAGAAGCCCGGCACCACGAAAAAGUCGUACCUCUGUGAAGAGAUUGUGGUUCCUGUGGGGAGCUCGGGGCGCCUCCACUGCGACUUGGAGGUGUACAAGACCCCGAGUUUCUGCCCGAGUCUUUUUUUUGACGACGACGACGACGAUCUCCAGUCGCCUUCUAUAACACGAUGCGAAACAAAAGGAGAAGGCUCCAAGCAGAAAACGCGGUCGGGCCUCCUGCGCAUCGGCAUCCAUGCAGUUGACGGAGUUGAUACGGCCUCGUGGUGGGGUGUGACCCCGCGGAUCUUUGUGCGUGUGUCCGUGGAUAAUCGAGUGAUUUUUAAAACGAAGUCGAUUGUGCUUAACGAUCCCAAGUUGCAAUCUUUUUGGAACGAAAUUUGUGAGGCGCUUAUCAUGGAUUACCGCACAGGCACUGUCUUCUUUGAAAUUUUGUCUCAAAACCCCCGUAGCCAUACUGUUCACAAAAUUGGUCGGUUCUUUAUUGACCUUCGCACGAUUGUCAAGCGCGAGUUUAUUAAAAAGAACGGUUUUGCAUGCGAAGACAACUCCGAAAUAAUUUUGGGACUCUCCUUCUUCUUUGUUUCAGUCGACUUUGGGACGAAAACUAGCGAUAAAGUGAAAGGAAAUGUUGCAAAAAAGGUUCGAAAAGCACUACACAAGGAGCUAGACUUGCGCAAAUGCGGUAUCCUCAAUGUAACCAUUGACAGAGCUCGUGACCUCAGGGCAGCCGAUUUAGUAGGAAAGUCGGAUCCUUUUGUUCUUUUAAAAAUGAACAAUAAAGUCAUCUACAAAACUGAAGUAAAGAAAAAAACGUUGGACCCCGAAUGGAAGGAAAAAAUCUCCUUUCCCAUCCCCGGCUUAAAAGGCCUUACCCUGAAGUUUUGCAUUAUGGACUGGGACUUUUUAGGGAGAAACGAUUCACUUGGCGAGUUCGUGGUUGAUCUGGAAUCCGAACUUGGGUCUAGCGGCGACGAUAUGUUCGAAGGCUGGAUGCCCAUAUCUAACCAAGGAAGUGGUGAGAUACAGCUCAGUAUAUGUUAUGACCCUCCCGAAGGGAAUGAUAAAGUGGAGUCAAAGGAUAAUCAGGAGACCUCAAAUUAGCCUUAUCUCAACAAUUUUUACGAGGUCAUAUA